GGGGCGGUGUGUGGGGGGUUGCCUGGACGGGCCGCGAGCGGAGCCGGCGUAGGGCUGUCUUGCUUUACAUAACAUUUUCCAUUACUUGAACAUUUCACUAUGGGCCACUAAGCCAAGCGGUACCUGUCUUGAGUCAAUUCUUUAUCACAGAAGUUCACAGGCUGGUGAAAUAGUCCAGACGUUGUCGGCACUGGCUCCUGAACGUCAGGCUGUCAGAAAGAGCCAGCGAAGAGAACCACAAGGUACUGAGCCCUGGGAGCACCUUUUCUUUCAGGUCUGUCUGUGCCAUUGCCUGCUGAUGUACCCGCUCUAACGGCAGGUGGAGGGACCCCCACCAGCUGCCAUCUGCAGGACCCUUGGCAGGGAGCCUUCACCAGGAAGCACAAUGAAGAUUGUGGUGGCCAAAGUGCUGUGUCUGCUGGGCAUCUGUGUCCUCAUGCUGGCUGGGUCCCUCCUCCCCGUCAAGAUAAUUGAGGCCGAUUAUGAGAAAGCCUAUCGGUCCAGGAAGGUCCUUGCCCUCUGCAAUUCUUUUGGAGGAGGGGUCUUCCUGGCUACCUGCUUCAACACCUUGCUGCCUGCUGUGAGAGAAAAGCUUGACGAAGUUCUUAGGCAGGGGAACGUGACCACAGACUACCCGGUGGCUGAGACCAUCAUGAUGGUUGGCUUCUUUGUGACAGUCUUUGUGGAGCAGCUCGUCUUGACCUUCCAGAAGGAAAAGCCUUCCUUCAUUGAUUUGGAGACCUUCAAUGCCGGUUCAGAUGUGGGGAGCGACUCUGAAUACGAGAGUCCCUUCAUCGCAUCUUCCCGAGGGCGCACGGUGUACAGUGAACAUGGUCACCACUCCCACAGCCACGGCUUGAAUAUCCACGAGCUUUCCCGCUCGAGCCCCUUACGGCUCAUCGGGCUGGUGUUUGCUUUGUGUACACACUCCAUCUUCGAGGGACUGGCCCUGGGCUUGCAGGAGGAGGGCGGCAAAAUCAUGAGCUUGUUCCUAGGAGUUGCCAUUCAUGAGACACUGGUAGCAGUGGCAUUGGGCAUCAGCAUGGCUAAGACCUCGUUGCCACUGAAGGAUGCCGUGAAGAUGGCUGUGACAGUAAGCCUGAUGAUUCCUCUGGGCAUUAGCAUUGGGAUGGGGAUUGAGAGCACCCAAAAUGCAGCCAGCAGCAUUACUUCCCUGCUCCUGCAAGGCAUUGCAGGGGGCACUUUCUUGUUCAUUACCUUCUUUGAGAUCCUUGCAAAGGAGCUGGAAGACAAGAGUGACCGUCUCUUGAAGGUUCUUUUCCUGGUGCUGGGCUACACGGCUCUGGCUGGGCUGGUCUUCUUCAAGUGGUGAACAGGAGAGCAAUGGGAAGCAAACCUCACCUCCUUCCCUUGCAAACAGCACUGGAGAUGAGCUGCCUCUUCAGCCAAGGGGGAUGCUGAAGUUCUACAGCCCAGUGAAACAUCAUGGUCCAGGUGGUAUUUCCAUAUUGACCUGAAGAAGGAGAAUUUUCCUGUGUGCUUAGAGGGAGAUAAAAACAAGGAGUGUCCCAGUGUAGGUGUCGCAAGGUAUUGUCCCUGCCCGUUGGAUCUGCAGGCGCAGCAGCUUGUGCGGAGAUUAGUCGACGCAAACAUUAAGAAUCUGGCUCUGAGGCUGCCUUCAAAGAGCUCAGCAAGCAUGUGGUUUCCUGUUCAUCUGCACAGCCCCCUCCCUCCCUCCCCUCACACUCACUGCAGAGACUGUGGCUCAGAGUCUGGCUUCCUUCGCUCUCAGGCUCCCAGAAGGUGAGAAACAAUAACAGAAACAAAGUCAAAAGCAGGUGGGAUCAGGGAUUGCACAGCUGCACUAAGCUGCUUUUGCUAGCUUAGUUUUGAGCAAAACCUGGUUGUAAUAGCUCCCAAAAAUAACAUCCCUUCUGGGUCUGUUGGAGUGUCUGGUGCCACAGCUCCCCCCCCUGCCGAGCAGAGCUGCCAUUUUAACCCACAAGCAGCUCUGGGAGCUUUUGUUUCUCAGUGAUUAACAGCAGCAACGAGGCUGGGCCGGGCCCCUGUCCCAGGCUUGGUUCUCUGCAUCUCAUCCAUAUGUUGAUCAUUCCCUAAAGAAAACCUCCAGCAGCGUGUUAAUGCAUCGUUUAAAAAUCCUCACGUCCCUGCCUGAAGGCCCUUCCGCAGCGCUCGCAGAGCCCGGGAUCCAUUAGUUUGUAAGAAACGGGCAGCAGCAAUUUCCAGCAUAAAUAUUUUAGGGUAAGCGCUUGUGUUUUAAAUGGUUUGCAGUGAAACGGGUUUAGCAGUCCCUGUCAGGGCUGCUCCCAGAGCCUCCACACUCGCUGUCGGCAGCGCUGCUUACAGAGGCUCGGCAUGGCACUUGGUCCGUGUUUUCAAAGGAGAGAAAUCUCUUCCCUGGGGUUUUAUGAGGUUGUGGAAGGGCUGAUUAGAGCUGCUUGCAAUCUGACUGCACAUGAACAGAUCUCUCCAUGUCUCCAGAGUGCGGCCCCUGGGGAAGCUCAGCCCACCCUGGAUCCUGUUGUGAUCCUUUGGAUUUACCCUCCCAGGCGAGGAGCUUGGAUCAGAGGCUGGAGCCAGGAACCUGCCCUCCCCAAUGCCUCCUGCCAGCCUCUUGCAGGAGAUGCAUUUUAAUUAGACGUAGCCUUCGCUGCUGCAGCAGCUUCCACAGGCAAGAGGAAAGCUUUUGGAAGCGCUGAUGGAAUUAUAACGAUGUAGAGUGGGAUUAGCCUUGGUGCAGUCCCUGUUAGCAUGAUCCAAAGUGGGAAGAAGGAUGGGUGAGACUGUGAAGCAGCAUCUUGGAGCCAGUGGUUGGCACAGCUGCAGCAUAUGGAGGCUGAUGAGGAUCAUCCAACAGUUCCUGGUGCUCGCUAUUUUAUUUGCUGCAACAUACCAAAGUCAAUUAAUCUUGCUUAGAAAAACCUGGAGUGGAAGGGAGGGGGUGGGAGGGUUAUUUUAGGCCUCAGAUGACACAAAUUAGCAGGGCCUGAUGAGAAUGUGAUUUGCCUCGACUUGGUAAACCUCUGUGUGUUAUUUAGCUUUGCACAGGCAGCUCAUGCAGGGCAACGUGGCUCCCAUCGGGUGUUUUUCCAUGCUGGUGGUUGUCCCAGGGAGGUGGGAUGGCACCAAGUGUCCCUUUCCAGGCACAGCCCCCGUGUUCCUGCCUGUGGCUCUUGGUUUCUUCAGCCCACACGCUUUUUUUGUAGGUGUUUUUCCUGGUAUUUGGGUAAAUGUGAGCACUGGGCAAAGGCAGGACCCUGAGGUCGUGGUGGAUCCUGCAGCCUCCUCCCCCAUCUCAUCUUCCUCAUCCUUCCUCCCACCUGGCCCCCAUCUGCAACACAGGGGCUGAUGUCCUGAAGCCAAGGGAAGCUGUUGAUGCAAGGAGAUUUCUUAACCAGUGCCCGAGAGAUCAGUGGGGAUCUGCUAACGUGAGCAGGGAUCAGGGAUCUGUCUGUGCUCAGCCUGACAGCAGGGUGGGCAGGAUGGAGCCUCCGUUUUACACCCUCUCUUCUUUCUGCUGGUGGCACUGGGCGUCAGGGCUGCCCAGGGGAGCGGGGAGGGGGGCUAUGAAGUGCCAGGAGACACUGAACUGUCACCGGAGCUGUGCUCCCUGGUGCCUGGCGAGGGUUUAUUCACUGGUGAGCGGCAGAGCCCAGCGCUCUGGGGUUGGUUUGGGAGCGGUGAAGGAUGAGCCCAAUCUGCUGCUCCCAAUAAAGGCUCUGCCCUUC